CUGACCAUGUUGAAGGAGACGACUGGAGCGACUAUUCAGAUCAUGAGGAGGAUACAUCGUACCGCUUGUUCAAUACCUCAGAUUACCAACCGCUCGCACGUAGGGUACUUCAUACCCUUGGUCUCCAGACUGCGCCCUCAACUUCGUCCGCUCCAACUCUCAAAGGGGCCAAGGUCCUCAAAUCCCCUGCACCUACUGAACACUACAUCCCGGUGCCGGACCCAAUUGCCAAAUUAGCUUCCGAUGAAUGGGCCCACCCACUCAAAGCUCGACGCUUCAAGAACAUGGCUGACAGACUUUACGCCCUAGACCCAGACUUCGCCACCAAGUUAGAUGUCCCUGGCAUAGAUGAACCGAUCGCUCGCCUCGUUUCACGAUCUAUCUUGCCCAGGGAAGGGGAAUCCCACCUAAAAGAUACUACUGAACGUCGAAUAGACUUCACCCUCCGCAAGAACCACGAGGCCACUGCCCUAGCCAUGCGUGCCUCCGCCUCAGCCUCCAUCUUCUCCAGAGCAUCUAUGAUGUGGCUGGAUGACCUUCUAGAGGAUGAUAACCCUGAUCCUGUCGCCUUCAAAAGAGCACUAUUGAAAUUACGUAAGACAGCAGCUUUUGUGGCCGAUGCCACUUUGGAUGCCACCCAAUUAGGGGCACGAGCCAUGACGACUCAAAUAGUCGCUCGUCGUACCCUCUGGCUUCGCCACUGGCAAGCUGAUUCAGCGGCCAGAUUGAAGCUGUCCAAGGCCCCUUACUCCGGAUCUCUACUCUUCGGCGAGGAAGCUCUAAAGGCAGUUCUGGUUGAUCCAAAAGACGCCCAUAAACUGGUUCUAGCCACAGUCAAGAACAUCGACCACAGGCCCUUUAGGCGAUUUCCCUCCUUUCGUUCUAACCAGCCUUUUCGAGGAACGCGGCCAGGAGGACGAGGCCGCGAUUUCAGACCCUAUGAUUCCAACGCAUUCAGGGGUUCCUGGAACCGACGCUUCCAGGGCAGAGGUCAGUACCAAGGGCGCAGGGGCAACUCAUCGUCCUCAUAUAGGGGAGGUCCUCGCCUACACAAGUAGUAUUAACGCCAUCCCCAUAGGUGGCAGAUUACUUAAUUUUGGAGAUCGAUGGCUGCGCCUCACUAAGGUCUCCUGGAUCAGGGACCUCUUCACUUAUGGCUAUACCAUAGAGUUCUGGGCAACCCCAUCAGACAGAUUCCACCCGUCUCCUUGCCCAAGGGCACCAGCCAGGCACAACAUCAUGCAGACAGCUAUACAUCACCUCUUGCACAUAGCGGCAAUAGAGCCAGUUCCCACAACUGAGAGAUCGGAAGGGGUGUACUCCCUCCUAUUUGCUGUGCCAAAACGAGAUUUAUCUUGGAGGGCGGUAUUGGAUCUCAAAUUUGUCAACCGUUUUGUAACAUACCGCAAGUUUAAAAUGGAAUCUCUCCAUUCCAUUACCGAGAGUCUGCAUGAAGGAGACUUCCUGGCUUCUAUCGACCUUAAGGAAGCGUAUCUCCAUGUACCCAUUUGCAUAGCCCGCAGAAAGUUUCUUCGGUUUGCUUUUGGCCACCAACAUUUUCAAUAUAGAGCGAUGCCUUUUGGCCUCUCCUCUGCUCCAAGAAUAUUUUCCAAGGUGCUACUCAUCCUAGUGGCUUACCUUCGGACCCAAGGGGUUCAUAUCUACCCAUAUUUGGAUGAUCUGCUCAUACGGGCCAAAUCUGAAGAGCUGGCUCAUCAUCAUUUAAUGAUCACCCUCAAUGUUUUGCAGACCUACGGCUGGCUUGUCAACUUCGACAAAAGCCAUCUCCAACCAACCCAACGCCUACUACAUCUUGGGGCAAUGUUGGACACCCUGCAGGCAAUGGUCUUCCUGGCUCCAGAUCGCAUCACUGCCAUCACAAGCAUCGCAAGGUCCCUGAUGCAACAAACAUCCGCAGACGUCAUGCUUCUCGCCAGAGCGCUCGGGAUGUUUAUCUCCACAAUCCACAUUGUGCCCUGGGCUCGGGCUCACACUCGGCCCCUUCAGUGGACUCUGUUGCCUUUUCAAAAAGACAUUGCCAGCUCCAACCAUCGCAAAGUUCGUUUGAGCCCCGCUCUGCGCCUCUCCUUCCGCUGGUGGACCAAGGUUCAACACCUCUCCAAGGGCACGUCGUUCAGAGAACCCCGCAGAACCGUCGUGACCACAGACGCCAGCCUCAUAGGUUGGGGAGCCCACUGCAACUCCCAGUACGUUCAAGGGGUUUGGCCCAACGCAGAGCAAUCUCGAAGCAUCAACUGGCUGGAACUAAAGGCUGUCCACUUGGCUCUAUGUCAUUUUCAAUCUCUGUUCCCUUUGCAUCAUGUGCUCAUUCGAACAGACAACACGUGUGUAAAAUCACAUUUGAACAGACAGGGGGGCACCAGGUCUCGUCCUCUGCAGGACUUAGCCUCCCUCAUCUUUGUCUGGGCAGAACAACAUCUACAAUCCCUGAAAGCAGAGCACCUCAGAGGGAUUUGGAAUGUGACAGCAGACUGGCUCAGCAGACAACAGGUCUUCCCAGGAGAAUGGAAACUUCAUCCAGCCAUUUUCCAUCGUCUCCAGUGUCGGUUCGGCGCCCUCUCAGUCGACCUGUUUGCUUCCAGUCACAAUUGCCAGCUUCCAAGGUACUUUGCUCGAUACCUGGACUCAACAGCAGAAGCAGUGGAUGCUCUGACAACACCGUGGCCAGACGGUCUAUUGUACGCCUUUCCUCCCAUACCAUUGUUAGCCAAAACCUUGAGGAAGGCGCGAACCAAAAGGGCACAGCUGGUUCUGAUUGCACCAUUUUGGCCACGCCGACCGUGGUUCUCAGAUCUACUGGCAAUGUCAAUGAUGGAUCCUUGGACACUUCCAGUAACGCCAGACCUCCUAUCCCAGGGCCCACUACUGCACCAGGACCCUACUUGGCUCAAUCUAACAGCGUGGCGUUUGAACGGAGACACUUGAGGUCAGCUGGACUGUCUGACGCUGUGAUUGAUAUUAUUUUGGCCUCGAGAAGACCAUCUACCACUCGCAUUUAUCAACAUACCUGGGUGGCUUUCUCCAAGUGGUGUCAGUCCCACCACCACGAUCCAUCCCAGGCCAAUGUGCACCAGGUGCUCCAAUUUCUCCAUACUGGCUUUAUGAUGGGACUUCGACCCAACACUCUACGUCGACAGGCGUCUACUCUGUCAUCCAUUCUCUCAGUGUCCUCUCCUGGAGAUCAUAUCUCCUCACAUCCGUUCAUCAAACGUUUUUUGAGGGGAGUCGCCCUACACUCUCCGGCUGUUGUCCAUCGGUUCCCCUCAUGGAGUUUGCCGAAAGUUCUGCAGGCUUUGCAACGCCCUCCGUUUGAACCCAUCAGGACUGUGCCCCUACGUAUACUGUCCUUCAAGGUCCUGUUUCUGAUCGCAAUCACAUCUGCCAGACGCGUUUCGGAGUUGGGCGCAUUGUCUUCUGCUAGACACCUCUGCGUCUUCCAUAAGGACUCUGUUGUGCUGAAGACUGACCCUUCCUUUCGUCCCAAGGUUGAUUCAGUUUUUCAUUGCAACCAGGACAUUGUUUUGCCUUCCUUUUGCCCGAAUCCUACCCAUCCUCUCGAGAAGGCUUGGCAUUCGUUGGAUGUCCGGAGGGCUCUCAAGACCUACCUGUCUAGGACCCAAGAGAUUCGACGAACGGAGUCUCUGUUUGUAUCCUUUCAUCCAGGGUCUAUGGGGCAUAAAGUAUCCAAUCCUACCUUAUCCCGUUGGUUAAGGGCAUGCAUUACCUUAGCAUAUGAGUCCCUGAAGCUGCCAGUUCCUGCUAGUAUAACAGCUCAUUCUACUAGGUCAGCUGCCACUUCGGCUGCUUUUGCUACUAAUGCUCCUGUUGCCGAUAUUUGUAGGGCCGCAGUCUGGUCUUCCCCACACUCGUUUAUAAGACAUUAUAAAAUUGAUCGUUAUGCCUCUGCUGAUGCUUCUUUUGGCAGACGAGUGUUGCAACAGGUUCUUAAUGAGGAUUAACAUGUGGGUGGUCCCUCCCUAUAUGGGUUGCUUUGGUACAUCCCACAGUGAUGGCCCACUUCCUAUGGAAAAUGUACCAUUGGUCUCACCUGAAAGGUGAUUUUCAUAGGAAGGGGCCAUCACGACCCUCCCAGUUGGAGGAUGACUAGCGAUUUUAUCAAUGGGUUACAUGUUAUUGUUUCCAUAUUAUAUUUAAAUGUAAGAGUGAAGUCAAGACUUUUAGUUCUGUUAUGUUAUGAAGUUAUGUUAGAGUCAUGUUGUUAUGCAUGUGACUAUUAUGUUAUUUUCCUGGCAGGCCUGUUGGCCUUGUUCUUGUAUUUUUAGAUAUCUCUUUUAGACUCGCUACGAAUGAACUGGAGAGUGGGAGGGGCAUGACGUCCCUAGUCUUGACUUCAAAAACAUUCUUGCCUUCGCACGAUAGGUGGAACUAUUCCCCACAGUGAUGGCCCCUUCCUAUGAAAAUCACCUUUCAGGAGCUUCAUAUAGAUGUUAAAAUGCUACUGGAGAGAGGAUUGUGGAACCCCAUAGCACAAGUGCAAGAGGACCAAGGAGCACUAACCCUGUGCUACUCUCUAAACACGGCUCUGAAGAAAGAAUGAAACCACCAUACUAUGGUGCCUCUUGAUACCCAUCCUACUGAGUUGGUCCAUGAGUAAAUAGUCAUAGUAAGUCAUAGUAAAUAGUGUCAAAAGCCACUGAGAGAUUGAGCAGAAAUAACAACACUCCCCUUGUCUCUUGCACAAUAAAUUAGGGUGACCAAGACUUACUCACUUCCAAAACCCAGACUGUAGUGGAUCUAGAUAAUCAGUCUCAUCUAAGAAUACUUGCAGUUUCUUCACAACCACCCUCUACACCACGUUUGCCAAGAAAGGGGUUUUGGCAGCUGGUCUGUCAUUAUUACACUCUAUUUUUGGAUCUAUUUUUUAAGCAGUGGAUGCACCGCUACGUUUUUCAGGGCAGUGAGCAACACUCCGUCACACAAAAAUGUGCUUACUACAUCUGUGAACAAUUCAGUCACCCCACUCUGGCUAGCUUUAAUAAACCAGGAUAGAGAAGGAUCUAAUAAGCAAGUUGGGUGCAGUAUUGUCCAAACCAUCAGGCCACAUUAACUGGAACUGAUCCUACAACUCUAGGUUCAGCAUUGCAUUGAAUAUCUUGGCUGGCACUGCCACAGUUGCAGCUUCUAAAUCAUUGUGGAGCUGAGCAGCUCUAUCCUCAAAAUGGUUAGCCAACCAGUUACACCCUGGAUAGUUUGUGUUCCAUAGCUCCCCCCCCCACCUCGGUCAAGAUUGACCAACCUCCAACCUCAGGUUAACAUGGAACAGCUCCUGGAGGACACAAUGGAGGCAGUGAAAUAGGAACUCUUUGCUGCCUCCACAGCCAUGUGGUAGGCCCGAUUAUGGGUCUGAAUGCAUGCUCACUCUGCUCCAGAGGGAAAUUUAUGCUACUUAUAUUCCAGCUAUUUGGUCCAUUUCAUCAACUGCAGCUCCUCAGUGUACCAAGGAGUGAAGUGGGCUCUAUGGUGCCAGAGAGGGUGAUCAUGUCAGUGGCCCUAUGAGUCAGGAGCAAUUGCAUCAAUAGCCCUACGAGUCCCACCAUUCUACUAUGCAUGUAAGAUGAACUCUCAUAUGGGACUAGCUCUACCAUGUGGUUGAAGGCAGAAAAGACAGUUUGAUUCUGCAGAGUCUUCUAGUCUCCCAUUACACAGGGAACAAUUCUUUUGCCUUCACCAAGUAUGGUUGGGUUUGUGCUCUCUGCUCAACUUCUGCUGGAUCAGACCUAUAUUUUUAGAGUUAUUUCAGUGUGGGAGGCCUCUCUGUAUUUUGAGCCAGGCUGCUUGAUUCUGUUCUUGUUUUCUGUUCUGUGGCAGAGAGUACUUUUUUGUCUCUUUUAGAAAUUGUUGUUCCUAUAUAUGUCUUUUCUGGCUUGUCAUGAUCCCUGUGUGAAAGGGGAGACUAGAAGACUCUGCAAUAUUGAAUAAUGUCUUUUCUGCCUUCAACCACAAAGUGGAGUUCAAGUGGAUCUGAGAUCAUCUUUACAUGAACAUAAAAGACCGUUUCACGGUAAGACCACAUGUCUCUUCCGUAGUGAUACUAGGGCCUCAACAGGAUUACCUGCUCUAUCCACUGGAAAAACUUUGCAACUAGCAGAGCAACUCUAACUGUACAAAGCCAGUGUAAUUUACACUGGUGUAAGUUACCCCUAUUCCAAACUACAUUCAGGAGAAAUUUGCCAGCUAAGCUCAGAAAAGGUGGUGCAAGUCAAAUUUCUCCUUUCUCUUGUGAUCAAACUGAAAGGGAUUUGGAAUAGGUGUAAGUCAUUCUGUCCUGCCAGACCUCCAGAAUGCUCUUUUUGGGGGACUUCCAUUGGCUAAAGUUCUGCUGGCUUAGCCCAAGAUCCGUUGAAUCCAAACUUGCUGAUCCUGGCCGAUCUUGGGUUUGGAUUACACUGUUGCCAAUAAUACGAUGAAAGAGGAAGGCACAAUCUUUGCAUGCUUUGUGUGGCAUUUCACAUUCAAUUGACAGCAACUGGCUGACGUGUGAGAUGAUCAAGAAUUGGGGCAUUUCUGAUUCUUGGUGUUCUAGCCAAAGCAUGCCAGCUGCAUGUGGUAGAAAUGGUUACUUUUCCAACUGAGGCUAAAUAUUCUCCUUUUAAAAAACUUUUUUGGUUUUUUUUAUACUUAAUUGCCAUGAGAGCUAGAAAUUUUAUUUUAGUGAAAGUUAAAAUGACGCAGAGUGGUAAGCGAUGGUAACGCAGCCGAAGCUCUGCUCACGGCUGGAGUUCG